AUGGAAAUUGAGGAAAAGUAUAACUUAUUAAUAAUUGGGGGAGGACCUGCUUCUGUUAAAUUUUUAUAUAAUUUAUUCAGAACAUCAAGGUAGUAUUCAAAAUAUUAUUUAAGAUUACCUGAAUAUAUGAAUGGAUUAGGAAUUGGGAUAGUGGAAAAGGGGAAAUGUUUUGGUUCUGGUAAUUUAGAAAAUAAAAUGAAUUACACAACAUAUCCAGCAACUGAAUUAUUGAAAUUGAUGUUCUUUCAUAAAACUAACUAAAUGAUAUCAAUUUGUAAAGAUCUUACAGAUACUCAGGCAUAUAAGACUCUUGUUUAAUAUGGAGAGAAAUGUCCUCCAAAAUCAUUAGCAGGAUUCUUCUUAAGAUUAUUAGGAAGUGUGUUAUUGAAACAUAUAUACACUUUAAAAAAAUUGCAAAUAUUUCAUUCCUAAAGAGAAGCAAUAGCAAUCCGACUUUUGGCUGAUGGAUGGUUUUAGAUUAGAACACAGAGUUUAUCGUAAAAGUUUUGACAUAAUUUGUAGAGCUGAUACUUAAAUAAAAGAUAAAUACCGAACGAUAAAAGCAAGAGUACAUAAAUUAAAUGAUUUUUUAAGCAUAUAUUACUUUGUACAGGUAGAGAAUAAACACCAGCAGACAUAUUUUGUUAGGAAUAAGGAUUAAUUGAAACUCUAAAACAAUAUCCAAGAUACAUAGUUGGAAGUGGAUAAAAAGCAUUUGAAUGUGCUGAAUUAUUACUCAGUGGUCCUGUUAUGUAUAUUAAUAAUGAACAAAUAAAUGCUUACACUUAAAAAGUAUACACUUGUCCAUUAUGUAAAUCAUUGAAAUGUUCAUGUUUUGGAUCACUUAUACCAUAAAAAUAUCUCUGGCAUCACACAGUAAGACAUCAUAAUAUAAGGAUGUUGCAUUGCCUGAAUACAAAAAAGGAGAAUUAAAAAUUCAUUUUUCCAAACCUCCACGACCAUAUUUUAAUAAUCAUUAAAAUGACUAUAUAACUAUUCCAUAGUCAUAGAUUAAUAAAAUGGGAGAAGCCAAUUAUCUUACUGGAUUAAGGGGUAAAUCAAAAAUCUUAUUCUUAAAAAUGCUUGCAACUUAGGAAACUAGAGUCUCACUUUCUUAGAAUGAACCAAAUUCAAAUCAAUUCAUUGAUGGAAAAGAAUGCAAAUGUAAUCAAAUAGAGAUUAAGGAUACAGAUGGAAAUUUAGUUGAAUUUUAAUAUAGUUUUGGAUUAUAUUAAUUAGAUGACAAAGGUAGAUUGAAAACAUAGAAGGGAAGUCUUAGAAAUUUAUAUUGUUAUGGUUCAAAUUGUAUUACUUAAGAGUAAUUGGAAAGAGGAUGUUAAGAUGAAUAUGGAGAUUGUAGUAUAGGAUUUGAUGAAUAUGAUUUAUUCUUUUUAAACAUCAAGAAUGAAAUCAUUACACAAUGGUUUGACAAUAAUGAAUUUCCAUUGACUGCUCAAUCUCAAGUGUCUAAGGGUGGUGAUUUUGAUUCAGAUCCAAGUGUUCAUUCUGAAGUUGUGGAAACAGAAACAUUUGCAUUAAAUUAAUUAUAAGAGUAAUUUAAAUAGAAGAAAAAAAAGAAAUGA